AUGGUGGGGUUGGUAGUGGGGUCGACGGUGGGUUUUGGUGGAGGUGAGGGUGGUUGUGGUGGUGCUAGGCGGUGGCAGUGGAGGUGGCGGGGCGACUAUGGUGAUAGUCAUGGUAAAAUGAUGGUAGUAGAAGUGGUGAAAUCAUGUCUUGAGAAUAAAAAUAAUAUAUCUAUCCAAAUCUCUAGGGGGAAGCAAAGAUUUAUUAUGGCCUAA